AUACAACCAAGCUCUCCUCUCCUCUCCUCUCCUCUCUACUCUUUCUCCUUGUAUGACAGUAGCUAGUAUAUACGUAUAUAUAUAUAUAGAAAGAAGUACAAUAUAUAUAUAUAUAUAUAGAGAGAUGUAUAAGAGUGAAAGGGAAGGCGUAGUUGAAUUAGAGGGAGGUGUAGGGAGAAGUUUAUGGUGGGUGGUGAUAGGCGUGUGGGGGUGGUUGGUAGUCCAUUACGUGUGGGUAAAGUUGCAAAGGGCGAAGAGAGAGCUGCAGACGCAGGGAAUCAGAGGUCCUCCACCUUCUCUCUUCUACGGCAACUUGCCGGAGAUGCACCGCCUCCAACGUCUCAACUCUCGCCCCAACCACUCUACUACUCUCACCCACGACUACACCUCCACUCUCUUCCCUUACUUUAAUCUCUGGACUAAGCAAUACGGUCUAGUGUUCACAUACUCGACUGGGUCAAGACAGCACCUUUUGAUAAAUGAGCCGGAGCUAGUCAAGGAAUUGAAUCAGACUAAGACAUUGGACUUGGGUAAGCCUUCUUAUUUGACCAAGCGAUUCAGGCCCAUGCUAGGCAACGGCAUUAUCAGGUCCAACUCUCAUGAAUGGGCUCGACAACGCAAGAUCAUUGCCCCUGAGUUCUUCAUCGACAAAGUCAAGGGCAUGGUGGAUUUGAUGGUAGAGUCGGCACAACCACUGCUAGAGUCAUGGUCAAACAGCAUUGAAUGCCAAGGCGGCAUGCCAAUUGACGUGAGCGUUGACGAGGACUUGCGGAGCGUAUCGGCGGAUGUCAUCGCCAGGACUUGUUUUGGCAGCUCUUAUUGCAAAGGCAAACAAAUUUUCUCCAAGCUCAGGAGCCUUCAAAAAGCCAUUGUGGAGCAAAGCAUCAACCUUUUCGACGUCGCUAGUUUUCGCGAGAGAUUAUUUCCGGGAAAGAAGCACGACAAGAUCAGCAACUUGGAGAGUGAAAUAGAAUCGUUGAUUUGGGAAACAGUGAAGGAACGUCGACAAGAAAAUUUUGCAUGUCAUGAAAAAGACUUGAUGCAGUCAAUACUGGAGGCAGCUGUUAAGGACACAACUGGAGACACCGUCUCCUCCAAGCAAUUCAUCGUCGACAAUUGCAAGAACAUUUACUUCGCCGGCCAUGAAACAACUGCAGUUGCCGCCUCCUGGUGCCUCAUGCUCCUCGCUCUCCAUCCAGAAUGGCAAUCUCGCAUCCGCCAAGAGGUCGCUAAGUUCUGCAAGAAUGGCCUUCCCGACACUGAUUCUAUUCCCCACUUGAAAACUUUGUCAAUGGUAAUUCAAGAGACCCUUCGGCUAUACCCGCCAGCAACAUUUGUGUCAAGAGAGGCGCUGGCCGAUACUCGAAUCGGCAACAUUGUAGUGCCAAAAGGAGUGUGCAUAUGGACUCUGAUUCCAACUCUUCAUCGUGAUCCUGAUAUAUGGGGAGCAGACGCUAACGAGUUCAGACCAGAGAGGUUCAGUGAUGGAGUUUCCAAAGCUUGCAGACACCACCAGGCCUACGUGCCAUUCGGGCUUGGUACUCGCGUCUGCUUGGGCAAGAACUUUGCCAUGGUUCAACUCAAGGUUCUUCUCUCCCUCAUCGUCUCCAAGUUCAACUUCUCUCUCUCCCCUCAUUAUCGGCAUUCCCCUAUUUUCAGGAUGAUAGUAGAACCCGAACAUGGUGUACUUAUUCGAAUCCAAAAAAUCUGAUACCACCACAUAUAUCGUCAUACAUAUACAUACAUAUAUACCUUCCGCGUCUCUUUAUUUUCCACGUUUCUCUCAGUGUGAGUAUAGUGUAACAGCAUGUAUGUUGUGUGCAUCAGGGAUCUUUAAGUUUAUGGGUGGUAAAUAAUGUAAUUGAAUAUAUAUAUAUGUAUAUGGUUUCAGUUAUCAAUUUAUCAUGAUGGGUUUUGAGAAGAAA